AUGGCGGAUCGCAGGCUGGACUGCGCGCGGAGCGCCGCUCUUGAGCGCGUGGGCGGCCAGCUGAUCCUGCGCGUUGGCGACGGGGAGGUGCGGCUGCAGGCAAAGAGGGGGGCAUUCUUGGCGGAGAUUCUGGCGGAGGGCGAAGGCGGGCGAGGGGCCGGAGAGGGUAAUGGUGCUGAAAAUGCCGCCCCACCAGCUGCAAAGCUGGCCCGCUCGAGCGCCCCGGCUUUUGUGAUACAGAUGUCACCUGAACAGCUGGCCCGGACACUGGGCUCGAACAGUGACCAGCAGCCCACCGGUGAACAAGGCAAGGUGGCCAAAGAGUCCAGGGGAAGGAAACGUUCCAGGCAGGAUGACAUUGUCGAUUGUGCACUUGAGACACAACCGAAUUUGCCCGACACGUGUGAUGCCAUUGCACGAUCUCCGAACUUACCCAGACAGGUGGAACAGGCUAUGGGAGAUGUUGCUGACACUCCGUGCGGCAUGAGCAUGGAGGCAAUGAGCGAGGGGGAGGGCAGUGCUGUGGGGAGCAAAGCCUCACAGGAAGGAGCAGCGCAAAUGGAUGAUGAGGAAGCAGGCCUGGUGGAGGAGGAUAUGGGUGGUGGGGGCGACACGCAGUGCGCUCUGUGUGACAACGGAGGCGACAUUGUGCUUUGCGAUGGUCCCUGCAUGCGUGCAUUCCAUUUGCCACUUGGGGAACAAGAAUGCAACCCCCUGGAGGUGGCGCGGGAUUUGGCAAAGGUCAUCUUUGACCAUGACGAUUCCUUCGAAUGUCCAAAUUGCUUCACGGGCAUCCACCAAUGCUAUGCUUGCAAAACGGAGGGCCCGGCGAAUGGGGAAAAGCAGGAGUUGUUCAGGUGUUCCCACAUCGACUGUGGUAAGUUCUACUGCAGAAAGUGCCGGGGGCAGAUCCUCAACUCGAAAGGCCCAAUGUACCAAGUCGGCACCAAGGGCUUGAAUGACAGUGCACUGCCCACCACUGCAAAGCCAGCAUCUACAGCUGUGAGCCAACAGGUGGAGGCUGAUGGUGACACUGCCAUCCCACUCUUCGUGUGCCCCCUCCACAAGUGCAAGGCAUGCAGCCAGUGCCAUGACACAAGGGAAAACCCCUUGGUAGGCUGCCGUCGUUGUCCCAAGGCCUACCACAAGCACUGCCUUCCCAACAACCUCUUGGAUGCCCGCCCGCAGCGUGUCUGGUUCGUGACAUAUAAUGAAAAUGGUGACUUGGCUGACAACACAGACGUUGCGAGGGACGUAUUGUAUUGCAGAAGGCACACACUGCCAGAGGAUGUGAGCAGCGGGGCCCACCAUUCGAAGCCGCUGUUCUCAGAAGCCGUCAAGGCUGCAUGGAUGCAGGCAUAUGCGAAGCGGUAUUCAUAUCUCAAGUCCCCCAAGGAGUUUUUGGUGGGUGGGGUGCAAUGCACUGAAAAUGGAAAGGUUGCGAAGAGAAAGAGGAAACCUUAG